AUGUGUUCCUGCAUAAACAAGACCAUUUCUGGCAAUGGCAGAGGAAGGGCUUUUGAUACAAUAAAUGAUAGAGAAAGAACAAGAGGGUGGGGUGGUGGCAGUGUGAGUGGCUCGGGAACGGAUAAAAUUGAUGCUCUUGGUAGCCUCCUUUCUGGCAAUGGCAGAGGAAGGGCUUUUGAUACAAUAAAUGAUAGAGAAAGAACAAGAGGGUGGGGUGGUGGCAGUGUGAGUGGCUCGGGAACGGAUAAAAUUGAUGCUCUUGGUAGCCUCCUUUCUGGCAAUGGCAGAGGAAGGGCUUUUGAUACAAUAAAUGAUAGAGAAAGAACAAGAGGGUGGGGUGGUGGCAGUGUGAGUGGCUCGGGAACGGAUAAAAUUGAUGCUCUUGGUAGCCUCCUUUCUGGCAAUGGCAGAGGAAGGGCUUUUGAUACAAUAAAUGAUAGAGAAAGAACAAGAGGGUGGGGUGGUGGCAGUGUGAGUGGCUCGGGAACGGAUAAAAUUGAUGCUCUUGGUAGCCUCCUUUCUGGCAAUGGCAGAGGAAGGGCUUUUGAUACAAUAAAUGAUAGAGAAAGAACAAGAGGGUGGGGUGGUGGCAGUGAUAUGGCAUCUGAAUUGAAAUUGAAUAUGAGGAGUGAUGGUUAUUUGAAUGUUAAUGAUUUGCUAAAGUUGAAUUUGAAGACACUUGAUAAUAUUCUUCUGCGAUCCAACACCAUUGAUGACAUUAGGGAGGCUGUUCGAAAAGAUAAUAAGCAACGUUUCAGCCUCAUAGAAGAAAACACGUGUUUUGGAGAAAACCAGAGCUAA